GCUUCCGAUUAUUCGUGUCUAGAUUCCUUGCCCAACAAGUACCUGAGCUGUUUCUCUCUGUUUCUGUCUUUUGUUUCAGGUAUUCACUUGUCUUCUUCUUUGAUCUUCAUCUGCAUCUCAACCUUUUCCCAUUAAGAUUGCCUUGUUUCCGUACAAGAUAAUAACAAAUUCUUGAUGUCCGCCACCAUUGAAGCCUGUGGACCAAAACCCUAAUUUGUUCUUUUCUUGAUUGACCCUCUUCAAUUGGAAUCAAUUUACAAACGAGAUACGUGUCUGCUUUGCAUGAACAGAGUAAUGCAGUGGUGGGAUUGACAGAAAGUUGUGAAUUUAGUUCUCAUUAUACGUUUCCCCCAUUGUAUUCAGCCUCUGGAGCUCUUAUAAAUGGCUGAUAUUAAAGAACGAUUGCUGCCAUCAAAACCUGCAUCUGUAGUAAAUCUUAGAGACACAUCAUAUCGACCUGUAGCAACUGGGAGACAUCUUUUCCAAGCAGUUGAUGUUCUGGGUCUGAAAAAGCGUGGUCAAGGUCUUCGAUCAUGGAUUCGUGUUGAUUCGUCUGGUAAUUCUCAAGUAAUUGAAGUAGAUAAGUUCUCCAUGAUGCGCAGGUGUGAUCUUCCUGCUCGAGACCUUCGAUUGCUUGAUCCUUUAUUUGUGUACCCAUCCACGAUUCUGGGAAGGGAGAAGGCGAUUGUUGUUAACCUUGAGCAGAUUCGAUGUAUCAUCACAGCUGAUGAGGUCCUCCUUUUGAAUUCUCUUGAUAACUAUGUAUUGCAGUAUGUAAUUGAACUUCAAAGAAAACUAGCUGCUGCUGGAGCAGGUGAGGUUUGGGAGGCAGAAGGAAAUGAUAUGAGUAGUAGAAGAAGAGGUAGUAGUAAUAAUAUAUUUACAAAUACAUCGCCUGAUUACUUGCCUUUUGAGUUUCGUGCCCUUGAAGUUGCUCUCGAGUCUGCUUGUACAUUUCUUGAUUCUCAGGCUGCUGAAGUUGAGAUCGAAGCAUACCCUCUGCUAGAUGAGCUAACGUCGAAGAUCAGCACGCUGAACUUGGAACGCGUACGAAGAUUGAAAAGCAGAUUAGUUGCCUUGACAAGACGAGUUCAGAAGGUGAGGGAUGAGAUAGAACAGCUAAUGGACGACGAUGGUGACAUGGCUGAGAUGUAUCUAACUGAAAAGAAAAGCAGGAUGGAAUUGUUAUACUGUGGGGACCAAUCCAUAAUGGGAUACAAAUCUAAUGAAGGUUUGUUGUCUGUUUCUGCACCGGUUUCUCCUGUUUCGUCUCCUCCAGAGAGCAGGAAAUUUGAGAAGAGUUUGAGUAUGGCUAGGAGCCGACAUGACAGUUCUAGGAGUUCUGAAAGUUCUACAGAGAGCAUAGAGGAACUAGAGAUGCUUUUGGAGGCUUACUUUGUUGUUAUUGACAAUACUCUCAACAAGUUGACAUCAUUGAAGGAGUAUAUAGACGACACUGAAGAUUUUAUCAACAUUCAGCUGGAUAAUGUCAGAAACCAACUUAUCCAGUUUGAGCUUCUUCUUUCAACUGCAACUUUCGUUGUAGCCAUAUUUGGGGUUGUGGCUGGAAUAUUUGGCAUGAAUUUCGAGAUUCCAUUUUUUGAAAAUACCGGUGCAUUUAAGUGGGUCCUAACAUUAACGGGCGUUAUCGGAGGAAUCAUCUUCUCUUCGUUCUUAUGGUUUUUCAAGUAUAAGCGGCUGAUGCCACUAUAGAGGUCCGGGCUGGAUAGAUCAACAGGAAUGAAGACAUUUUUUCAUUAAUUUAUUGUUACUGUUACCCUGCAUAAUAAAGAUCACCACCAUUUGUGAUGUUCUGAAAGUCAUUUACUCAUUUCAGUAAAAACAAUUCAUCUAUUUUUUUUGAGAAUAUAUAUUUAGGAAUUUAUUC